AAGGUUCGGCCGCCUGUCAGGGUUGCCGGGUUAUCGCUGCUUAUCCACCCCCCCCCCCCCCACGAGGCCGUUGCUAGGCGCGGAUCGUCCGUUUGAGCGCGAGACUUUAAAAAGGCCGCGUGACCGAAGCUCUGCUUUGAGCCCCGAGGGAGGAGGCGGUAGUUGCGGGGUGGAAGGACCGUGCAGUCCCUGGAAACCAGCAUCUCUGCAGGGGGGGAGCCUGAGGCGGGAAGGGGAGGCAGGAAAACUGGAAAAGCAACAACGUUCAUAGCAAUAAUAGAGCUUUUUCUCCAAGCCAGGCAGACCAUUCAGUCCAGGGGUGCCCUACUCAUUCCCACAAGAGACCCCUAUAAAAACUGUCCCUCCAGUGGCCCUAAAACCACCUUGCAGGCUGGGCUUCCCUCCCCUCCUUCCCUUGCAGCUUGCCAGAGCACCUGCAGAGAGACACACCCUCUCCUCAGCCACUGGCCGCCUUCCUUUCUCUUCCUGGGUGCCACAGUGGCAGCGGCUUUCCCGGGCCCAUGGCACACCCGCAGCAGCAGCAGCAGCCCCAGCAAGACACCUGCCCCAACUGUGAGCAGGACGCAGCAGGGGACUGUGGAGAAAUGAAUCCCAGGAAAGUGGCUCUCAUCACUGGCAUCACAGGCCAGGAUGGCUCAUACUUGGCGGAGUUCCUGCUGGAAAAGGGCUAUGAGGUGCAUGGAAUUGUUCGUAGAUCUAGCUCCUUUAACACUGGACGGAUUGAACAUCUCUACAAGAACCCACAGGCUCAUAUAGAAGGAAACAUGAAGCUACAUUAUGGAGAUCUCACAGAUAGUACUUGCCUGGUGAAGAUAAUUAAUGAAGUUAAGCCUACAGAAAUUUACAACCUUGGAGCUCAAAGCCAUGUCAAAAUAUCUUUUGAUUUAGCAGAAUAUACAGCUGAUGUAGAUGGCAUUGGCACUCUACGACUCCUAGAUGCUAUCAAGACCUGUGGUCUUAUAACCUCUGUAAGGUUCUACCAAGCCUCAACUAGUGAACUUUAUGGGAAAGUUCAAGAAAUACCACAAAAAGAGACUACUCCCUUUUAUCCCAGAUCACCAUAUGGGGCAGCCAAACUAUAUGCUUAUUGGAUUGUAGUGAACUUCAGGGAGGCCUACAAUCUCUUCGCUGUGAAUGGCAUUCUCUUCAACCACGAAAGUCCCAGGAGAGGGGCUAACUUUGUAACUCGAAAAAUUAGCCGUUCGGUAGCUAAGAUUCACCUUGGGCAACUGGAAUGUUUCAGUUUGGGCAAUUUGGAUGCCAAAAGAGACUGGGGUCAUGCCAGGGACUAUGUUGAGGCUAUGUGGCUGAUGUUGCAAGUAGAUGAACCAGAAGACUUUGUGAUAGCUACUGGGGAGGUUCACAGUGUCCGUGAAUUUGUGGAGAAGGCAUUUGCGCAUAUUGGAAAAACCAUCGUGUGGGAAGGCAAGAACGAGAACGAAAUUGGUCGAUGCAAAGAAACGGAGAAGAUCCACGUGACGGUUAAUCUCAAAUACUACAGGCCAACCGAAGUGGAUUUUCUUCAAGGCGAUUGCACCAAAGCCAAGCAGAAGCUCAACUGGAAACCCAGAGUCACUUUUGAGGAGCUGGUUAAGGAGAUGGUGAAUGCAGACGUGGAACUUAUGAGGAACAACCCCAAUGCAUGAAUUUUCACCAGCGCCUCUCACAGAAAGCCACGACUGAAGUGCCAGCCACGAGGCCGGAUUUUAACUUUCGAAGAUGCCUUCGCAAGGGUGGGGAUGACAAUCGUUUUAAUAGGUAUCAGAUGAUUGCAGCCAUUUUAGUUUCCUGCGUCCAACAGAUCAAUUUCCUCCCCCCCCCCCAAAAAAAAUCUAAACCAUGCGUUGACUUUACACUCCUUGUAGAGGUAGACUGAAGCAAUAAUGUUUUUUUUCUCCCUGAUCAAAAAGAAAUUCUGCAAUAUGCAGCCACAUGCUAGCUAGUUUGCCACUCCAGUUCAUUUUCUUCUGAUAUUAAAAAUACCUUUCCAUAAACUAAA